GGGGGGGGUUGGUUUAAAUCUUGGGUCCUUUUUGAAAUCCAAGUGGGGAAGCUUUUGUUUGGAGGUGAGAUUGCAGGGACGGAUGACCUUUCUUGUCCAGGCGGGUCAGAGAGAGCAAAUCGCAGGGGAGGCUAUUCCAAGGGGGGAGGCCAGCCCCACCGAACCUAGAGGGGGACCUCUUAAGAUAGGGGGGAACCGCUUCGUGGAGGGCGGGAAGAGGCAGGGGAGGGAUCAGGUGCAUUUCCCCAGAAGAGGAGGUUUGCCGGCAGCCAGUUCCGAGAAGAAAAGGAUGUGGUUUGAGAAAAAAAGGGGAACUGCUUUUGAAGGAAGGAAGAGGCUUCCAAUCAGGGAGGUUUUGUUCAGCCCCCCUCAAACUCGCUGAAGGAACCCCAAAAGGCCCCAGGAGUGGAAGGCGAAGAGGGGCCUUUUGGUGUAGGGUCUGAGUCCAAGGUAGCCGCCCGCGGUUUCCCCAGGAGCCACACCGUCUCCGCCUCGAGCUACAGCAGCAGCCCGGACACCUUGAUAGCCGAGGAUGAGGUCUUCUUCGGCAGCAUGGCAGAGGAGAGGGAAGACGCCACCUCUUCUCCAGACCGGGAUCCCGUCCACAGCAGUACAGAAGACCUCUUGUCCAUAGACUCUGCCCUCCAGGGUUCGGAGUAUUACAAGGACCUGGGGCUGGCUGAGUCCACCGAGACUGCUGGGGGCACGGUGGUGACGCCAGAAGGACGGUCCCCAGAAGGACCCAGAGGCUGCGGGGCCCCGGCCUCCGACUUCAACAGGGCUUCCCCCAGCUUGGAGGCUACCUGCCAUUUCCUGGACGACUCCUGCGUCUGUUCCUGCAGCUACAGGAGCCAGGGAAGAUUGCCUGGAGCUGACCUGCAGGAGGGUGAGGACGCAGCCUUGCCCGGUUCGGUUAGCCCCCUGUCCACUUCCCGGUGGCACAACUGGAAGAUGCCGGUGUCUCCAACAGAAGCCCAGGACAGGUUGAGCUUAGAUGCCUUGGAGAUCAGGAGUGAUACAGAGCUGGAGGUGGACCCCAAGGAGAACGGCCCUCCCUUUUUGUCCCCCGUGCUGCCCCCGACGGGGCCAGCCACCUGGAGCGGCAUCCCUGGGCUGCCGGUGGAACUUGAACCCUUGCGCCUGGACCCCAAGGGGGCACCCGGGUGGGCUGCAGUGGUGGACUGCAGAAGCCAUGGGACGCGUCUGAGGUCCCGGUCCGUCCCUUCCCCCAGUGACGGUGUCCCUUCCCAACAGAUGUCUGAGAGUCUGGAGGUCUCGCUUCCGGGCCCUGUGGGGAUUGCGCCGCCUGUGCUGGAUUUGAUCGAAAAGGAUUGUGUCAGUCCGGAACAAGUGCUGAUGGUUCAACAGGUACUGAAGGAGCUGACAGAGUAUCACAGCACUAAGCAAGGCCUGGGCGCCCCUGAAUGCAGCUGUGACGGGUGCCAAAAUGUGACCUGGUUUGAAUUUCUCUCAAACGAGAAGGAAGAGGGUGGGAAGAGCGACAAAGCUGAGAGGGGCACCAAGGUGAAGCGCCGCCUGAGUAAUCUGCGCAACCGGGUCACCGGAUCGUGGCAAAAGGAGAAGGGUAAGAACAAAGACCGGGAGAAGGAACCAGCGGAGGCGGCUGAGCGGAUGCAGGCGUCGCUUGGGCAGGGGCUCGCCCUCGGGGCUUUCUCCGACGGCUCCCUUGGCGGCAAGGCCUCACUGAACGACGUGGGGCUGCUAUGCCAGAAUUGUGCGGCCAGUGUCCACAAAAACUGCAAGAACCUCUUGCUUGAAUGCAGCAGCGCCAAACCCAAGCCAAAAGAGUUGCAGCUUUGGCCGGCUGGCUUCCCCUCUUGUGCUCUCCAGACCUCCUGUCCAGUUUCCUCGCUCAAGGAGCAGAGCCCCCGCGCUGCCUUCCUGGGGUCCGAUGGCGCCCCCCCGGGCCUGCCCCGGUCUCUCGGCAUGACGAUCGUGCAGAGGGGAGCUUCGCCGUCUCCGCUGAGCACUGCCGCCCCAUCUGCCUCCACUGCGGCCACUGGUCAGCUCGGGCUUCCUGCGGGAGAGAUGGAUGAAGCCGACGCGGGUGUCCUCCGGCUCAAACCGCCCUCAGACGAUGUCGUCUCCCUGGCCCCCUCGACCACGGAAUCCCUCUUCGUGGAGGAUGCCCAGUUGGCCUCCUUGCGGAAUGAGCUGGAAACGGAUGCCCGGGAGUUUGAGGCCCCGUCCUGGAGCCUGGCUGUGGAACCAUCCUACGCGAAGAAACAGGAGCGAGAGGUCCUUAAGAGGCAGGACGUGAUUUACGAACUGAUGCAGACCGAGAUGCACCACGUCCGGACGCUGAAGAUCAUGCUGAAGGUCUACUCCCGAGCCAUGCGGGAGGAGCUGCAGUUCGGUCACGCCGCCAUCCACCACCUCUUCCCCUGCGUGGACGAGCUGCUGGAGCUGCACGGGGCCUUCCUGGGCCGGCUGAAGGAGCGCCGGAAGGAGGCCCUGGAGGAAGGGAGCGAGCGGAACUACGUCAUCCAGAAUAUCGGGGACCUCCUGGUCCAGCAGUUUUCAGGCGAGACAGGAGAGAGGGUGAGGGAAACCUAUGGCCUCUUCUGCAGCAGCCAUGGGGAGGCCGUGAGCCACUACAAGGAGCUGAUGCAGCAAAGCAAGAAGUUCCAAAACUUGAUCAAGAGAAUCAGCAAUUCUUCCAUUGUGAGGCGGCUUGGCGUGCAGGAGUGCAACCUCUUGGUCACCCAGCGCAUCAUGAAGUACCCGGUCUUGGUGGAACGGAUCCUGCAGAACACCGAAGCUGGCACCAAAGAGUACGAGGACCUGACCCAGGCCCUGGCGCUCAUCAAGGAGGCCAUCACGGCCGUGGAUGCUAAGGUGGACGAGAGCGAGAAGGGCCAGCGCCUCCGGGAGAUCGCCACCAAGAUGGAGCUGAAGUCAUCGGGCAAGUUCAAGAAUGGCCUCGUCUUCCACAAAGAGGACAUGCUGCGGCGGCGCCUCCUGGGGGAUGGGAUGCUGUUCCUGAAAGCCGCCUCGGGGCGCCUGAAAGAUGUCCUGGCCGUACUGCUGACAGACGUGCUUCUGUUGCUGCAAGAAAAAGACCAGAAGUACAUGUUUGCCUCCGUGCAGGACUCCAAGCCCCCUGUGAUCUCUCUGCAAAAGCUGAUUGUCCGGGAAGUGGCCAACGAGGAGCGGGCCAUGUUCCUGAUCAGCGCCUCCUUGAAAGGGCCGGAGAUGUAUGAGAUCCACACCAACUCCAAGGAGGAGAGGAACAUUUGGAUGGAGCAGAUCCGCCGGGCGGUGGAGAGCUGCCCGGACGAGGAGGAUGGGAUCCUGGCUGACCCCGAGGAGGAGCGGAAGCAGGUGGAAGCCAGAGCGGCGAAGCUGAAGGAGUUCCAAGAGCUCCUGAGCACAAAAGACGACCUGAUCGUGCAGAGCCUCAACGAGAAGCAGCAGAUCUACCUGCAGAUGGCGGAGAUGAACGGCUUCGAGGACCCCGCCUCCCGUUCCCGGCUCAUCGUCCGAGCAGAGUCCCCUGAGAGCCUGCAGGGGGAAGCCCUCUUGAAGCAGGCCGUGAGGGAAGUGGAGAGCCUCCAGAGCCUGAUCUUCAACCCCCUGGGCAGCAGCACAAGCUCUCGUCCGGAUGAUGCCUGCGGAUCUGGCCCCCUGAGGCGGGCCGAGACCUUCGGGGGAUAUGACAGUGCCACGACUGGACCAGCGAAAGCCAGCAGCUUCAGGAAGAAGGUCUGUAGCGGGGAACCGCGUCUCCGGGAUCGCCGAGGCCUCCUGACCGGCUCGGAACUGCUGCUGCUUCAGGAGCUCCCUUCCGCUGGGGACGAAGGGGGGCGUGGGGGUGAUAACGGGAAACUAGAGCAGAGCAACAGUUUUCACCCCAUUUUGGAGACAGAGAUGGAGCUCGCCCAAAGGAUCCAGACCCUCGCGCAGCUGCUCCUCAGCCUCCAGGCGGUGAUGGCCCAGCAGGAGAGCUACGCGGAGACGCAGCGCAGCGCCUUCCUGGACCGGGAGCGACAGUUCCGCCUGCAGUCGACACGCGGCAACCUACUGCUGGAGCAGGAGCGCCAGCGCAACUUCGAGAAGCAGCGGCAGGAGCUGGCCAGCGUCCAGCGGCUGCAGGGGCAGCUGAAGGCUGAACAGCAGCGGUGGGAGCAGGAGCGGGCACGCCGGCGGCGGGAGAUGGAGGUGGCCGAGGCCCGGCUGCAGGAGCAGGAGAAGGAGGGCCGCCGGCUGCAGGAGCGCCUGCGGGAGGACCGGGAGGAGCUGGAGCGCCAGCGGGAGGCCUACCAGCACGACCUGGAGCGGCUGCGGGAGGCCCAACGGGCCGUGGAGAAGGAGCGCGAGCGCCUGGAGCACCACCGGAGGAUCAAGAAGCAGCACACGGUCUCCGGGACCUUCUCCCCAGAGAUGGGCCACGUGCACGCCUUGAGCCACUCGGUCAGCUUCAAUGGGGAAGCCCUGGAAGGCGGGGCGCUCUGUGGGCGUGCCAGCGUCGGGGGAAAUGAGUACCUGGAGAGGGCCGAGCCAGGCCGCCGGGACAGCGCCGCCCUGGAGCCAGGAGCCCGCCCUGUGCCAGGCCUCAAGAACGAGGUGCCCAUCCACCUCCUGAGCGCCACCAACCAGAUCCAGAAGCAGGCGGCUGUCCAGCAGCAGAUCCCCACCAAGCUGGCCACCUUCACCAAGGGGAGCAAGGAGAAAGGGCCGAAAGGGUCCCGGGGCCUGGCCUCCCACCGGACAGACAGCUCGGCGUCGGGAGACCUGAGGCCGCUCCUCCCUCCCAGGAUGGCCGGCAAGGAAGAGGCUCUGGCCCCCGGCCGGCAAUCCACCAGCCCCGUCUUUUUGCACAACCAGAGCGUGGCCUUCCCACCAGACCCAUCUGGCGCCAUGGAGAGCAGCCACCCGGUUGGGGGGCUGGCCCUGCCGCCGCCACUGCCCUCCACCAACCUUUUCAGGCCCAGCAGGGCUUCGAGCCCAGCGCCUGCCCUGGACGACACCGGCAAGGAGGACGUGAUUUUUUUCUGACCAGCACCAAGAGACAUCCUCUUUUCUUAGCCCGGAUCGGGGCCUGGAUUCUCUGCCUUGCCCCGGUCGGCUUGGUUGGCAACCGGGCAGGCAGGUGUGUACCCCUGGAAGACUCUUUGGAACAGGCGGGCAAGGGUUUUGGUGCUCUCUGGAGGUGGGGCCCCAAGGCAGCCGCCCGUGUAUCAACGGCAGCUGGGCUUCGCCAGUCAUUCUCUGCCGGGCGGACAAAGCCGAGCGGGACCUCUCCGGGUUUCUGAGGAGCCCGCCUUGGAUGGCUGCAGUUUUCGACCACUUGGGGCCAAAGGGAGGGCCUUGGGUACAGUCCAUGCCUCUCACCCCCCCCCCUUGUGGGGCUUGUGCCGGUUUGAGAGGCUGAAGGCUUUGUUGAAAGGGGGCCAGAAGGCGUGGGGCCUGGGGGGGAGUGUCAGCCCUCCCCUCCUCGGCCAUUCACUCGCACAAGGUACCUGGCCAUCUCCCCACUGGCUGUGCUUCCUCCUCCGGCCAGAGACUGUGACGGCGGGGCCCCGGGCCGGCGGCUGGACUCCAUGCUCCCUUUCUGACGAGAUGAGACGACAUGGCAAGGCACGGCAUGGCAGAGCCAGGGGUAGGCCAGAGAACAGGACCCCAUCCGGCUACCCGGUCUUCGGCCCUGAGCCACCGGGGAGGGAGGGAAGACCCUCGACACCCAGCCGCCUCCGGAGUUCUCCUCGGUGGUGGCCGCUGCCUUCGGCCCUCAGCAUCCGGCGACAGCCUCGCCGCUGGGCUUCUGCUGCCAGUCCGCCCCAAUCCAGCGAGAGCCUGCCUGCCUGCGCCGAGGGCUCUCCUGCCUUCCUCCUGUUGCCUUCUCCUUGGCCGCGCCCGAGGGAUCUUCCCAGAGGGGUUGAUGGCUGGGAAGGCGGCCACCCUCCCUCCCGGCUUCCCGCCGUGCUUUUCUUACAGGGCAUAAAAGCAAGAGCUAGGCAGUUGCUUUUGGGGAGAGGAUUUUGAACUGCCACACAACGGAGUGGCCCUGGGGUCCCAAUUCAAAGGACCCUGCUCUCCUCCGCACUGGCUUAUCAAGAGUCACCCCGACGGGUGUCCGAAACCAGCUUCGGCCCUUGCGUCGUGUCUCUGUCAGGCCCGGACUCUUCACCCCAAAUAUUUGCACACUGGCUUCGGAAAGGGAAACCUACUCCAGGCAGUGGAUCCAGGCCUCUGCCGAUGUCAACGGCAGCCACGAAGGAUUAUGGGUUCCGUCUUAAUAACAAUCGAACAAUAAGAAGUGGUUUCUCUCCCCCCCC